GACACAUAUUUUGCAUUGCGGAUAGAAUGGAAAUUUGAUACCUUCAUCAUCUGCGAUGCAGGUCCAGCAUUAUAGCUCUGGACACAAAUUCGAGGUCAGUUGUUUGCUUCUAAUGAAACUAUCAUCUAACAAUGGCUUAAGCCAGUAUACCACAUUCGAGAGUGAUGGAAUAUAAAAAGUCAGAUGCUCUUGGAAAAAAGACAUCAGUUGGCUUUGUGAUCUCAUCUCACAAUCAGUUCAGAGUUUGUUUCAUAUUGAUAAACUAUAGCCAUUCUAGAUUCUCAUUUUGAAAAGAUGAAGAUAUUCCUUGUCCUGACCAUCAUUUUGGCAGUUGGUAGUGCAUCGGUAGUGCAAUUCUCACCGACAUUAUACACUGCUGCCAUUCCAAUUACCACACAAUACCAUGCUCAAGAUGGCCUAGGACAGUAUUCAUAUGGAUAUAGUGGAGGUCCUUCGGCGAAGGCUGAAUACAAAUCCCUAGAUGGAGUGACUCGUGGAUCUUAUAGCUAUGUGGAUGCUGAUGGAGAGUUACAGACUGUCGAGUACACAGCUGAUAGUGCAAAUGGAUUCCAGGCUUCAGCUACUAAUUUGCCCAAAGCUCCGAUUGAUGAUAAGACUGCUCCAAAGCCAGUUGAGGACACUCCCGAAGUUGCCAUGGCCAAGGCUGAACAUUUAGCUGCUUUCAGAGAAGCUGAAUUAAGAGCCGCUGAACAACCUGAAGAAGGUGAAGGUCAGGCUGAACAAUCAUCUAAUGGUUCCCAAGAAGCCAGCUCUCGGGAAGCAGCUACAUCGCCUGAAACUGAAAGUCCAAAUCGAUUGGAAAGCUCAAGUGAAAGAACCAAUGAACCCGCAGAAUCUAGCAAUGGCUCAGCUCAGCAAUCAUCUUCGGAGAGUACUAGUGAAAAUGGAAAUGGUAAUGGCAAUGCUGAAAUUACUCGACUUUCCACAAAUGGUCUCACUUCCAUUGGCAGUGGAUUAAGCAAUCUCAAUGGUCUUAACCUAAAUAGUGGUCUUAGUUUGGGAUCUCUUCCUACUCUAUCCGACUUGAGCUCUCUAAGGAGUCUCCAAUUAAAUGGAGACCUUUCAAGCAACGAUGCCAUGCGUUUCUCUGAAAUCACUCCAGCUACUACAUCUCAAUUGCGUCCACUAUCACUGACAUCACUUCGUCUACCAUCGACAUCAUAUCUGAGAGUUUCGACACCAACUCAUGGAUACAGCAUCAUUUCGCCUUCAAUUUUAACCGCUGUGCCAACUCUUCGAGCUACAUCAAGUCAAACAAUAAGCCGCACGCUGCCUAUUUCUUUGACUUCGUCAUUUCUGACUCAAGGACUUCAUUGAGAAAUAAAAAGCAUUAUACAAAAAACAAACGACCAGUGAUCAAAAGGAAUUGUGAAAUCAAUUAGUUUUUAGGAAACAUAAAAAAUACUCGUUUAAUUUUAAUUUUUUGCCAAUUUUUUUAAUUAUUAUAUUUUUAACUUUAAGCCUCAUGUUUGUUUAAUAUAAAAAGAAAAACAAAAAAAAACAACUCUCGUAUACGUACCUGUUAUA